CUGACACGUACAGGACUAUAACGACAUGAGAUGAUGUGCGAUGAAAACGAUGGUAAUGUACAGGGAGCAGUUGAUGUGACUACCAAUAGAGUAAGAAAUACAAGAUGGCGCUAAAUACUUGUUCACUCGUUGCUAUGUCGUCAAAGCGAGGAACCAUACUUCCAACUUCUAAAAAAUAUGAUAAUUCUAGUAAAAGUUUUAAUAUACACUUAUCCCGACUGUCGUCUAAAGAAAGCGACACAUCAAUGCUGGCCUAUUCUGAAAAAUUACGAACAUUCAAGGAAGCACGCGGAAGAGGAUUAAAUGACAGCAAGGCCGAUUAUUUGCAAGUUCGUGCCAAACAUAUCCCAAAAUUCAACCGCAUAGAACCAAAAGUUCAACAUCGAAAAUCCUUAUCAUUGGUGGAACUAACCGGUCGAAAAGCUCGAUCUUUAGAUGGAGAUGAGUUUGAUCGCAUGCUGUUUACGUCACCACGAUUGUCGCUUCCUGGAACAUCUUCACAAUUUACUGAUAUACCAGAGAGGGGAUCGAAAAUAAGCUUUGUUAGUGCGACAGGCAACACUGAUAUCGUUGGUUAUAGUAUUAGAGGCGACCCCUUUAGUGAACAGAAUCCGAAAUCGAAAGUAACGGACUAUCUUCGCUCAAACAUUUUACCACCCAUUCCAUCUAUUAAUAGAUCAAAUAACUUUAAGAAGCAGCUUCACGUAUCAUUACCUAGGCAAAGACAGAAUAGUGGAGACUUCGGAAAUGAUGGUACCGAUAAUCUAGUAAUUCCUGUUUAUAGAAGACCUAAAAGAGCAAAAAGGAUGCAACUGAAACCGUCAUUUUUACACGAUAUUCCAGAAGACGACACAACACUUUCGAACAGUGAUGUUACUGAAAAUGAAUCGAUUAACCCGAGUAUUAGUCAGCCGAGAGGUGAAGGGUCAGUGAGUGAAGACAAUCAUGUGAAAAAUAAAAUUCUCCCAGAUUUAACAACUUUGGAUAAACCAGACCGUGAAUUAGUAAAUCCUCAACAAAUAUUGAUUCAUAUAAAUAACACUGUUCAGUAUUCACCUCGUCAAAAACAAUUAUUAAAUGAACUCCGGGACGAUCCAUCUAAGCGACAAAGCCAUCCUGACUCGAAAUUUGUUAAAUCUAAACAUCAAAAGAAAGCGAAAAGGUUAAUAUUUUUACGAGAUUACCCAGAAGACCAAGUUGACGGGAAGUUAAGCUAACGACAUUGAACUUCUGAUUUUAAUACAAACAAAAUAUAGCAAGCAAGCAAUUCAUGUCUACCCUUUUUAACAAAACGCCCCGAAACACUACGAAGAGGCCAAUAUGAUGUAUAUAUAUAUUUCCCAAUUCCUUAUUACCGUGCUGUAGACUAUCCCUGGUUCAAGCUCGAAGCCAUACAUUUUGAAACGACAUCAGGAAAACGUCUUGAAUAUAUAGAGAAUCUCCUACCAGUCUUGUUUGAUAUCAAAAAAUAUCAACACAAGUUGAUAAAGUAACAAAAAACGAGGCUCUGCCGAGUUGUUUUUUUUACUUUAUCAACGAGUGUUGAUAUUUUUUGAUAUCAAAAAAGACGAGUAGGAGAUUUUAUUUAUCACCCAAUCCCUUCUUACAUGCACAAAUAGAUAAAUAUAAUUCUUUGCUGUAGAUUUCACUUUUACUGAACAUUACGGCGUAGUGAUACAUCAUUUAUUGACAGCAAUUCAACCAUUGCAAAGUCCUUUAUAUUGACCCAGUGUUUCCAUCAAGAUCAAUUGAAUAAUAAUAGUUCAUUUUUAAUAAAAAAAAAUGUUACUUUUAAUAAAUGAACUGUUCUUUGAAAAUAAAAAAAAAGUAGUUCCUUUUCAACUGACCAAUCAAAUUCAUGUAAAGCGAUAUCUCCUAAGGAGAUAUCGCAGUAGAUUAUGAAUAUAUCACACAGGCGAUAUCUACUGUAGAAUGUAUUAUUGGGUGAUAAACAAACAGUAAUUGCAUCCUUUGUCUGCAUGUAGUUCAUUUUAUAUCUGGAACCGCUGUUAAUAUAUUUUGUGUUUCAUUUGUUUUGUUGUUUAGCGUUUUUGAAAG